GGAAUCUCCGGAUAACGACCUGGGCUGCCCGGAGGUGGACGAGGACGGAUUCACCGUGCGCCCGGACAUCGCCCGCAGUGAGGUGGAGAAUGCCGGGUGUUCCUCCAGCGAUUCCGACUACGACGAGGAUGAGCCGCGCAAGUUUUACGUGCACAUCAAACCGGUGCAGCCGCGGGAAGCGGCCGGCAGCGCCGAGGCCGCCGUGGAGCAGCUCAAGGCCACCGUGGGAAAUCUCAUCCUGGCCCCCGGUGUCGGGGGCACCGUCAGGAGGCAGGCGUCACGUAAGUGGCACCGGGGAGGUGGCAGCGAGGCUUGGGGACAUCACAGCAUUCCCGAGCUCCUUUCCUUGGGGACAUCACAGCAUUCCCGAGCUCCUUGGGGACAUCGUGUCCUUCCUCAGCCUCAUUCCUUGGGAAUAUCACAGCAUUCCCGAGCUCCUUUCCUUGGGGACAUCACAGAAUUCCCAAGCUCCGUUCCUUGGGGACAUCACAGAAUUCCCGAGCUCUGUUCCUUGGGGACAUCACAGAAUUCCCAAGCUCCAUUCCUUGGGGACAUCACAGAAUUCCCGAGCUCCAUUCUUUGGGGACAUCACAUCAUUCCUGAGCCUCAUUCCUUGGGGACAAUGCCACCCUUCUUGAGAGCCACUCCUUGGGGACAUCACAGAAUUCCUGAGCUCCAUUCCUUGGGGACAGUGCCAUCCUCCCUUAGACCAAAUCCCUGGGGACAUCACAUCCUCCCUGAACCCCCUUGGUGACAGUGCCACCCUUCCUGACCCCCUUUAGGGACAGUGCCACCCUCCCUGAGCCCUCCUGGGGACAGUGCUACCCUUCCUGACCCCCUUUGGUGACAGUGCCACCCUCCCUGAGCCCCCUUGGUGACAGUGCCACCCUCCCUGACCCCCUUUGGUGACAGUGCCACCCUCCCUGAGCCCCCUUGGGGACAGUGCCACCCUCCCUGAGCCCCCUUUGGGACAGUGCCACCCUCCCUGAGCCCCCUUUGGUGACAGUGCCACCCUCCCUGAGUCCCCUCGGGGACAGUGCCACCCUCCCUGAC